AUGUCACACAAUGUAUACCCAAACUGUUCACAUGUGACCACAACCACAACCAUUACGGCUACCACAACCCCCACCACAACCUCAACACACCUCCCAUCGAGUGGUGCCGAAGAUAUGGUUCCACUCAUGUCUAACAAUACGCCCAACGCUGAAGACUGCGUGAAUAUAGUGUCGACCGACACGUGUGUGCCAUCAACUGAUGACUGCCAUCCGCUGAUGCUUGACAUCCAUGUGAUCGGCGAUCGCAUCGCUCAUAAGACAGACAGUGAGGAGAAGCGACUCAACAACAAGAAUCACCACAAGUUUGUCAUCUCGAAACUGAUCCAAAACAACCACAACAACAUCAGUAGUGAUACCAAACUUUGUGAUACCAUUUGUGACACAAUUAAUGCUCAAAACAUUACCAAUAGUUGUAUUAAUGAUUGUAAAGACAAUACAUUGAUAAGCAAUGAAUUGAUAACCGAUUGUCUGAACAACGGAUCCAAUGAAGCGAAUAAAGAGUCGGAAUCGGAAGAGACGACUGCCGACGAGGGGGAGACGGCUCGGGACUCGUCACCGGACGGACGGUUCCUCAAGUUUGAAGAGAUCGGUCGCGGAUCGUUCAAAACGGUGUAUAAGGGACUGGACUCUCGGGAUGGGGUGGCAGUCGCGUGGUGUGAACUCCAGGAGCGACUCAAUCGCAAUGAGAGGCAGCGGUUCCGCGAGGAGGUAGAGAUGUUGAAAGGCCUGCAGUACUCAAACAUUGUCCGCUUCUAUGACUACUGGGAAGUAAACACCGCUAAACGCAAAUACCUGGUCCUCAUCACCGAACUCAUGACCUCCGGAACCCUUAAGACAUAUUUGAAACGGUUUAAGAAAAUCAACUCAAAAGUGCUGAAGAGUUGGUGCCGACAGAUACUGAAAGGUUUGAAUUUCUUGCACUCGCGAACGCCGCCCAUCAUUCACCGCGACCUCAAGUGCGACAAUAUCUUCAUUACGGGUACCACCGGUUCCGUGAAGAUCGGCGACUUAGGUCUGGCCACUCUGAAGAACAGGUCGUUCGCUAAGUCGGUGAUCGGGACGCCAGAGUUUAUGGCGCCCGAGAUGUAUGACGAGCACUACGACGAGAUGGUAGACGUCUACGCCUUCGGGAUGUGUCUCUUAGAGAUGGCCACCGGAGAGUACCCGUACUCCGAAUGUGUCGGUCCCGCGCAGAUCUAUAAGAAGGUCUCUUCCGGGACACCACCGCUCAGUAUCACUAAAGUAGACAAUCCGGAGGUGAAGAACAUAAUUGAAAUGUGUAUACAAGUGAAGAAGGAGGACAGGCCUACUGUCAAAGACCUUCUCAAACAUGACUUUUUCGAAGAGGACACCGGCUUUAAGAUCGAGUUCUGCGAUCGGGAACAAAGUGUGGCCAACUGUGACACCAAAGUAGAGCUCAGACUACGAGUGACGGACCCGAAGAAGAGGAAACACAAGGAGAACGAAGCGCUUCAGUUCUACUUCGAUAUCGACAACGACACCGUCGACGACGUGGCCAAGGCUUUGGUGGAAACAGGCUUUUUGAACAGUGAGGAAGACGUGAGGAUUGUGGCCCUUUUGAUACGCAACCAGAUAUCACUGUUACUGAAGGAGAGGGAACAGUAUCUCCUCCAACAACAACAACUCGAACAAAACCAGCAAAACGUGGCCACAGACUCACCACAGUUCGAGUUAAUCCAGAAGUUGCAGCAACAAUACAAACACGCCGAGAGGAUCACCAACUCCAGGGUCGAUGACGUCUUCUCCAGCAUUAUUGAGAGACACGAGAGAGAGAAGCGAGAGUUAGAAGAGAGACAUUUCCAAGAAUUAAAUCUAUUUUUCCUGCAAAAGCAUCACUUAAGUAACGAAAACAUUUCAAACGAUGACAAAACAAAUAGCAGUUCCCAAUCGGAGACGUCGACGACGUUAAGCGUAGCACAGGAAGCGCAUCGACCCCCUUCCCCGUCGUCGCCCGGUUCGCCCAAUACUGACACUCAAACCAAUACCAGUUCCGUUGUUUGUAAUAAUAGUAUGAAUCAAUUGAACGACGAAUUGAUGCAGAAAUUGGCUCAAAAUCUAAACCCAAAGGCCAUUAACACGAGUAACAGUGCGUGCAUUAGUCCCGUUCCCACUGAACACCAUCUCAACAUCGCUGACGACCAUCUCAUUAGAGAGCAUCACAACAAACUCAACACUACGUGUGCCGCCUCUUACAGCACCAACAGUGGCACUCAGCCAUCGAGUACGGACUCGUCCGGAACCGGUUGCCACAGCAGUCGCCCGUCUCCGCCCAGAAGUGGCGGCACUUGUGGCCCGCAAUUGAGGCGCUCGUCCAGUGAUACGUUUGUCGACAGUGUGUUGGCUCCGAAAUACUGGUGCCAUAACACGACCGCUGCCACGAAUACAGUCUCAGUCUCGCCAUCGUUGGGCAUCAUAUAUAGAUCACCGCCGAUGGUCUCGUCGAUGCCGUCGGCGAUCAAUAGUCACUCAUUGGCGCCGACGUCUCCGUUGACAGUGAAUAACUGUGUCGAACACAAUACGUGCGAUUCGGGUGCUUAUUAUACUAACAGUAGUUCCAACGGUUCCGAUAUAUCGAAUGCAAUUAAUUUAGCCAACAGUUCCACUCAGACAACCAAAACAAGUGAAACACAACAACCCAUUGACGGCAUUCCUAAUUAAAGAUAUGCUUUUUUAAGUAAUACAGUAUUUUAGUACAACAUUUUUAGAGCCUUUUAAUAAACCAUUUGUAAUUAAUUUAUUAUUAUAAUUGUUCAUAAUUUUAAUGCUCUCUUUCUGGUCAUUACUAGUUGUCAUUUGCUAUAGAAAUCAAUUUAUUAUUAAUAUUAUUAUUAAGUUACUAUCCAUGAAACAAACUUAAUGUAAAUUACAAUACAUUUUCCUUAAAUUACAAAACACUCUCACAUCUAAUCCAGUGUUUAAAAGGGAAAGCAAUGCAAACACGUGUGUUGUUAUAAUUGUAUUAAAAACGCUUUUAAUAGUUUACAAACAGAAACAUAAAACUUGAAAAGCAAUUGUUUUGAAUGACAUUAAACACAACAUUUUGCCCGCAUUUGUAAUUCUGUACAUAAAUAUAUAUAAUAUAUAUUACAAUAAUUUGUAAUUAAGUUAUCAUUUGUUUAAACUGUGAUUCGAUGUAAUGCUGUCGUCGGGUGAGAGAGAGUAGGCACUGGUGGCCGACGCCGUGAACUGAGUGCUCUCAUAGAGCGUCCCAUUUCGCUGAUACACAAACUCAUUGUCAGUCUUAAGUGAUGAACACGACAACUGGUGCGGUAUCUGACUGUCCGGACCAGCACUACAGCCCGUCUCGUCGGCCGACGAUUCCUCGAUGUUGUCGUCCAUCUGUGGCUUAUAUGAGAACAUUAUCACCGAUUGUGUGGCGGAGAAGAAUUGGGCCAAAAAUGUCCAGUAGACCAGUGGCGUGAAGAGAGUGAAGUACACAUAUGUGGUCACGUCCACAACGCACAGGCCCUCCAUAUGGCCCCUGAAGAACAACGCACUGCCCAUCGCUUGGAUCAGAUUCAACACUGAUAGCAGACACGCGUACACAUAAAACGACUGUUUGGCUAAAACGAGACAACAAACACACAUUCAAUACAUUACAACCAAUUAGUCAUUUAUUUUAUUAUCAAAACAUCAGACGUAUGGAGUGGUCGGUCGGGCACACCAUUAGAUGACCGGCCCUUAUAUUACACACCAAAUGCUUUUCUAAACAUCACUUUAUUUUUCCAAUUUUUAAUAUCAAAAAUAUUUUAUGCAAAAAAUAUGCGAUUAAUUUUAUGCACAUUUUCUUGUGUUUUAUACCAAUAUUUACUAAAUUUAUAACUUUUAAAACACAAAGACUUGAAACUUGUAAUAAAGGGUUUUCUAAAUGACCAGUUUGUAUGCUCUGAGGACAGCCCUCCAUAUGUCUGAUUCAAAACAAACAUCAAUUGACAAAUAAUUUGAUUUUUUGUAAUGAUUUUAUGCAAUAUAUAAAUAACUAAAAUGCGAAAUGAGUUUAUUAUACAUAUAAAUCAAUUAAUUUAAAUAAAUUUUAAAACGGUUUUGAAUAAUAAGCAAAA